CUCGAAUUGAUCUUUCUUGCUCGCGAUCGAUUCGAUCGUCGUCGACGCUUCGAUUAAUUCUCGCUCGCAGAGACCACCACCAGUAGCAGCAUCCAGCUGAUUAAAUUAAGCUCGCGGCAAUGGCGCAGGUGAGCAGGACGGUCGUGGCGGCGCUGCUCCUCGUCGCCGCCGUGGUGGCGGCGUCGCCCGUGGCGUCGGCGGCCACGUACGGCUGCUUCGAAGACUGCUACGAGCGCUGCGCCUCCGGGAAGAAGGACGAGGCCUGCACCAAAAUGUGCAAGGAGGCUUGCGGCGGCGCCGCCACGGACGGCCAUGCCCCCGCCGCUGGCGCUGGUGCUGGCGCCGGCGCUGGCGCCGCCGUCGGGGCUGGCGCUAAGGCUGCCAUCGGGGUUGGCGCCGGAGCUGGCGCUGGCGCUGGCGCCGGCGUCGGAGCUGGCGCUAAGGCCGCCAUCGGGGCUGGCACCGGAGCUGGCGCUGGCGCUGGUGCUGGCGCCGGCGUCGGGGCUGGCGCUAAGGCCGCCAUCGGGGCUGGCGCUGGAGUUGGCGCUGGCGCUGGCGCUGGUGCUGGUGCCGCCGUCGGGGCUGGCGCUAAGGCCGCCAUCGGGGCUGGCGCCGGAGCUGGCGCUGGCGUUGGCGCCGCCAUCGGGGCUGGCGCUAAGGCCGCCAUCGGGGCUGGCGCCGGAGCUGGCGCCGGCGUCGGGGCUGGCGCUAAGGCCGCCAUCGGGGUUGGCGCUGGCGUUGGUGCUGGCGCCGCCGUCGGGGCUGGCGUUGGAGCCGCCGCCAAAGUCGCCGGCGCCGCCGAGGGCGCCGCCGGCGCGGCACCCAAGGUGUACGCGUGAGAUCGAUCGAUCGAGCGGCGUCCAUCUCCACUACUCCAUCCAUAUAUAAACUCGCUGUCGAUUGUUUGUUGUUAAUAAAAGUUUGGUUAAUUUAAACGUCAAGCGUUUAGUUGUUUAAUUUACAUGCAAAUCUCGCGAUUUGUGAUAAUUAACUACCGAAAUGUGUGUUUGGGCUGCUAAUUCAUCCUUCUCGCUCCAUAUUAAUUUGUCCAUGUUACAUGUGUGUAAAUGUUAUAAAGAUCUAACUCAUGGGCGGACUAUA